AAUACAUAUUCAGUGUUUGUCCAAUCUUUUUUUCAAACAUAAAUAUUGUGUGAGCACUUAGAAUGACAGAUACGCUGGCCAGGAGGGACUGCUGGGUGUCAUCUGGUCAAAGUCCUGCUUGGAGCAGGGCCGGUGCCGGCGCGGGAUUAGGCCGGCCCCAGGUGCAGACCUUCACGCUUCAGUUCCUGAGGUUUCUGUCGUCCCGUCCUGCAGUUUCUCAGCGUCCCCUGGAAGGGACGCCGUCCCGUUCAGCAGGCCAGCCGUCCCUGUAACUUAACACCACCCACAGGUUUGCUGGCGGUACGUCCUGUCACCGUCAGCCAAGCUCUCAGUGAAGGUUCCAAAAGGGCAGGCCCUGAGCAUUUUUCCGGUGACACGGGUGGUACUGACUGGACACGGACGCUGCUUCUUGCUUCUUAAAGAUGGCCACGCACCUGUCUUUCUAGUCAGGAGUUGGAGAUUCUGAAGACAGCUCGGCCAUCAUGGCUCAUGCCACUAUUUACAUGGGUGUGACCAUUCCUCAGUUCCUGAGAGGUGCUGGCAGAAUUUGUCCUGCUCAUUCUACGCUGACGGUGUUGAGGCACUCUGCUUUUUGUUACUGCACAGUGAAUGGCACAUUAAAAUCAAAAAGGAAAAUGGAUCAUCUAGAGAGAACAGCAAGCAAUUUUCGCCAGGAGGUAAUUUCACAAGCCAAAGUGUGUGGAAUCACCAAUGAAUCGGAGACAGUCAAAAGACUCCGUUUGGCUAUUGCAAAUAAAGAUUUUACGUUCAAAGCAGGACAGUGGGUUGAUUUCUUUAUUCCUGGAGUAUCUGUAGUUGGGGGAUUCUCAAUGUGUUCAAGCCCUGGUCUGUUGGAACGAGAAGGAAUAUUAGAGCUGGCAGUUAAGUACGCUGCUCAUCCUCCUGCUCACUGGAUUCACACUGAGUGUACUCUUGACUCAGAAGUGGCUCUGCGAGUGGGAGGUGAUUUCUUCUUUGAUCCUCAGCCUGGUGACUCCCCUGUAAAACUAGUGCUGAUAGCAGGAGGUGUUGGAAUUAACCCGUUGUUUUCUAUACUGCUGCAUACAGCAGAUCUUCAUGGAUACCAAGAGGGUAAAGGAAAUGCAUACAAAAUGGGAACGGUGAAGCUGUACUACAGUGCAAAAAAUACAAAGGAACUCUUAUUUAAGAAAAAUAUUCUUGGUUUGAUGAAUGCAUUUCCUGGAAAGAUCAUGUGUCGUUUCCACGUUACCCAACAGAGCUCACAGAUCUGCGAAGAGCUUCAGCCGUAUGUCACAGAGGGAAGAAUAUCUGAAAAGGAUCUAGAAAAACAUGUAUCUAAGGAUACUUUAUGGUACAUCUGUGGUCCACCUCCAAUGAUAGAAUCUAUAUCCAAACUACUGUACAACAUCGGUGUUCCUAGAAACUGUGUUUUCUUUGAGAAAUGGUGGUAGUGAACAAAAAAUAAUUUGUUUUCAGUGUAUUUUGAUAUAGUGAAAUGUACAGAAAAUGGACUUUGAAUUAUUUGGGAGAUUUUACUUCAUAAAUGAAGCUGUCUUCAAUCAUAAUGGUGUUCUUUUAAUUUAACAGUAAUAUAACUAAUACAGUGCUGCUGCUUUUGGAAAAAAAAAGUGAUUUUAUAUUAAAGACAUUAACUAUUCUGGUU